GUGGAGCUUAGCACAGAGUGUCGAAGCCAGGAGGACUAGCGGGAUGCUGAUGCGGGAAGUGCUCUAGAAUCAAGAUCUGGUCGGGAAGCUGCCUCUUCAUCUUCAUUUCCUCUUUGUGAUUGUUGUCUUCUUUUGGGGCCUCGCAGCGCAACCUGAGCUUUAUGGCCUGCUGAGAGGGGGCGGGCCAGGCAGGUGAGCGACCAUGGCGGUGGCGUUGGAAGCCGUGUGGCUGAGGGUGAAGAACGUCUGCAAACAAAAUGGCCUCCUCAUCAUGUCGGUGCUGGCCGUGGUCAUUGGAUGCCUCUUGGGGUUCUUCCUGAGGACGCGGCGCCUCACGGAACAGGAAGUGAAAUAUUUCCAGUUUCCUGGUGAGCUGCUGAUGAGGAUGCUGAAGAUGUUGAUUCUGCCUCUGGUCGUGUCCAGUUUGAUGUCGGGCCUUGCGGCGCUGGACGCCAAGUGCUCCAGUCGACUGGGUCUCAUCACUGUAUCCUAUUACCUUUGGACCACCUUUGUGGCCGUCAUAGUCGGCAUCAUCAUGGUGUCCAUCAUCCACCCGGGUGGCGCCGCUCAGAAGGAGGACUCGGAGGACAGCGGAAAGCCCAUCAUGAGUUCUGCUGACGCUCUGCUGGACCUGAUCCGAAACAUGUUCCCGGCCAAUCUGGUCCAGGCCACCUUUCAACAGGUGACACGCUCCCCAUCGUGUUUGCCACCUUGCCCGCCACCACAUUCAGAACGCCGACGCAAGUUUGUCGUACUCUGUUUGCGCCAGUAUCGAACCAGUAGUGAGUACACCGUGCAGACCAAGCCCACGUUGGGUCAGGCGCAGUCAGAGUCCACCACACGGCGAGCGCUCAUCUACGGCAUCCAGGACGACAAUGGAAGCGACAUCCAAAACUUCUCUCUUGACCUGACUCCUCCCCCUGACGUGCUCAUUAGCACCAAAGAAGGAACCAGCGACGGAAUGAAUGUCCUGGGAAUUGUCAUCUUUUCUGCCACUAUGGGUAUCAUGUUGGGCAGGAUGGGUCCAAACGGCAGUGCCUUGGUCAACUUCUGUCAGAGCCUAAACGAGGCCGUGCUUCGAAUAGUUGCUAUUGUUAUUUGGUACUUCCCGUUUGGGAUUGUGUUCCUGGUGGCCGGUAAGAUCCUAGAAAUGAGCGACCCGUCAGCCAUGGGGAAGAAGUUGGGCUUCUACGCGGUCACGGUGGUCUUUGGCCUGGUGCUUCACGGCCUGUUCAUCCUACCCGCAAUGUACUUCUUUAUCACCAAGAAGAGCCCCAUCGUUUACAUCCGCGGCAUCCUGCAGGCAUUGCUCAUCGCCCUGGCAACCUCCUCCAGCUCCGCCACGUUGCCUAUCACCUUCAAGUGCCUCCUGGAGAACAACCACAUCGACCGCCGCAUCAUCCGCUUCGUGCUGCCGGUGGGAGCCACCAUUAACAUGGACGGCACGGCACUCUACGAGGCCGUGGCAGCCAUCUUUAUCGCUCAGGUCAACAACUAUGAACUGGACUUUGGCCAGAUCAUCACCAUCAGCAUCACAGCCACGGCUGCCAGCAUCGGUGCUGCAGGAAUCCCCCAAGCUGGACUGGUCACCAUGGUGAUUGUGCUCACAUCCGUCGGCCUGCCAACCGAUGACAUCUCUCUGAUCAUUGCUGUGGACUGGGCGCUAGACCGAUUCCGCACCAUGGUGAACGUCAUGGGUGAUGCUUUGGCCACAGGAAUCAUGGCACACAUCUGUAGGAAAGACUUCAUGAAGGAGGGAGACGGGGUGCCGCUCAUCUGUGAGAGUAAGCCGGCGGCCAACACGGCGAUGCUCAUGAACUGUCACAACAACAACGGCAACUACCGGCUCCCCUCCUCGGGAGCCAAGCACGCCCUGGUGCCCCCCGAGGUGGCUCGCCUCAUGCAGCUGGAGGAGGGCGUGCGGCCGCCGCCAGACAGGAAGAAGCCCCGUGUGCCCCCGAGGCACCUCAAGAAGAACAAAGACCACUGCUCUGUGGACAUGAACGGCCUGGAGACCAAUGUGUAGUCUCCUCCUGGACUUGAACUUCAUGUCUAUCCACUGGCUCACAGCACUGGUGGGGCCCACGGCGCUCAAACACGUGCACAGGAGAAGGGACGUCAGGCACCAGCUGGUUGUCCAUGUUUUGUCUUUUGUCUGAGCUGUGAAGGCUUCACAAUAAGACCGAUCCUUUAGAACAUUUGAUGUUCUCCAGGUGGACCCGCACCAGACUGGUGGUGCUAGCAUGGAGCUUGUGGAUCCAAAGUCACUUGUUGGAUUCUGCCUUAAGACAGCGGGGGGGGUGCGAGACACUGAUGAGUCAGCACAAAGUCCUUCCAUUCAUCCAUCCAUUCAUCUAUUCAUUUAACCAUCCAUCCAUCCAUUCAUCCAUCCAUGGCCUGGGAAUACCUCAGUGUCCCCCUAGGGGAAUUAGAGGACUUCUGUCUCUGCCAGUUGGAGACAUAUUAUUAUUAUUAUUUCAUAUAUGUUGGAUUUUUAAAAAAAAGGAAGAUCAAAAGUCAGAUUAUGACCAUUAAAGCGAUGGUGCCCUGGCACCACCAGAUGAUCAUGGCACUUACUAAGUCUGCAAUCAGCUGACUACGUCACACCAUGACUAUACUGCUCGUAGCCACAAGGGGGCCUAUUACAUGGUUGCUAUGAUAUGCUGUAAUCUACAAAUCCAUCAUCAUUUCCAAUUUAUGACAUAAUCGGUCAGCGUCCAGUUUGUAAGGGAAUUUUAGUUUGAACAUAAUUAAUAUCAAUACAUACUGACUAUAUAUUUGAUAUGAUAGAUUGUGACAUCAUACAGUUUAGUUUUGCAUUGAGGUUGUUCAAGUAAAAGAGUUUAGCUAAGUUUGAUGUUAGCGUUCAUAUUAUUGCUUUAAAAAUCAAUAAUCAAUUAAAGGUCACGUCAUGACAA